AUGGGAAGCUUAUAAAAGCGGAAGUAAGGUGGCAUGGGUCGACUUCUACAGCAUCGUUCUUUCGUUCUGACCUACACGCGGGAUAUGAGCUUUACAUCUGGCUCACCAAGCUUUUGGCCAGCUACCGGAUGUGAUGACCUUCACUUUAGAUUUAUUGUGGCUUCUACAACAAUCAUCUUCUACGACUAUGUGCAAGCAUGCUCAAAUGUGGUCUUUGUAGAGCUGAUAUGGCGCCAACGCUGGAGGCUAACGACAGUUCUAUAUAUCAUUGUAAGUGGCAUUGUUGGCAGAUCAUGGUCAUGGGGAAUGGUUGCCCUCGCGUGUACGAUGUAUGCAGUCAUGUCAAUCCGUGUUUUUGCCAUGUAUCGCCGAUCCAUGCGGAUGAGGAUAUUCCUUAUUAUCUGCUUUCUGGUCGCUAGCGCUUUUCGAGGAGUAACCGAUGGCUUAGCAUCUGAAGAAUGCGUACUUUCCGAGUCGGGAGUCUGCACUAUGUCCAUGGCCUCCAUGGUGCCUUUUCUUGAGGGCAUUCCAAGUCUAUGCAUCGAGCUUCUAUUUCUCCUCCUUACCGUACGGGUCCUCGUGGAGUAUGUCCGCGAGAUGCAGAGAACACGUUCAGACGAUGGAUUUGGUGAUGGUCAUGGCGACAUUAUUGCCAUCCUUAGGGACCAUGUACUGCAUUUUUCGUGCUAUCUCAUAUUGAGCGUCAUGCAGGUUGCUACUAUAUCUGCAAAUGGUGGUACCGAUGGGAGCCGGUGGUAUAUAAGCAUUGCAACAUUCUUCGUCACCAUCCAACAAUGUGUCCUGGUUCCUCGACUGGUCAUCGGUACUCGAGAAUAUUUCUCUCAGCUCGAUUAUGUAUCGGACAGAGUGACAGACCUCGAUGACAUGGCAUUCGCAUAUAACCCCAAUGUAAAUACGUAGACUUCGUCUGUUUGAACGAACUGCGAAAGCAACCUCGAUAUUUUGCUCGUCAUCAAAACGCAUAUUGCUCGUAAAACUACAUCGGCGUCGCUAAGUCUUACCUAUCUUACUCACUUUCCAAUACAAACAUGAUACAAGCAUGACGCUGGACAACCAAAGUAUCUAUUCUGUGAUGUCCGGGCCAACGUCUGUCUGGAUGGGGGAAAUGACCUGGAUAUUAACCUCGUGACCCCGAGCCCGUGUCACAGUAAGCCGAUCCUGUUCCAAGAAUAUACAAGAGCCAGCUGCCGGAAAUGGCGUACGACAGACCGUCGCUAUGUAUGCACGAUUCGAGACGAUGUCUUCACCAAAGGAGUCAAUGAUCUGACCCGGCUUGCAAAUGCGAAAAUCUGGUGAGUCGGGAUC